GUCAUUUCUCGCUGAAAUAAGUGCAACGCCCAUCACUCCAGCGCCCACUUUCGAAAAGAUUUAGCAAAAAUGCGGCCCAUACUACUGUCAGGGCAUGAACGCGCGCUCACCCAGGUUAAAUACAACUCGGAUGGGGAUAUCAUCUUCUCGGUCUCCAAAGAUCAUGUAGUUGGUGCAUGGUUCUCACACAACGGCGAACGGCUAGGAACAUAUCAUGGCCACCAAGGGGCUCUCUGGACAGUGGAUGUCGACCCAACUUCCACACUCCUCGCAACCGGCGGCGCAGAUAACACAAUGCGAUUAUGGGAGGUAAAGACGGGCAAACUCCUCAAGACAUGGGAAUUCAACACGUCCAUCAAGCGCGUCGAGUUCUCCCCCGACGGCAGGCAACUCCUCGGAGUGACAGAGAAGCGAUCCGGCCAUCUCAGCACCAUCGUAGUCUACGAAAUCAUCCCAGAUCCCGAAGCCGAGCAGACGGAUGAACAAAGCCUACGGAUAGUUUGCGAUGAGAGCAAAGCUACGGUUGCAGGAUUCAGCUACUUGGCAAUCUAUAUCAUAGCGGGACACGAGGAUGGUAGCGUGUCGCAGUACGAUGCGAAGACGGGAGAGUUACUGUUCAACACUCAGGCACACGAGGCAGAUAUGCAAAUCACCGAUCUGCAGUGGGCACCGGACCGCACAUACUUCAUCACCUCCUCCAAAGACAAGUCCGCAAAGAUUCUCGCCACCGAUAGCCUAGAAGUCCUCAAGACCUACACCACCGACACCCCGCUGAAUAGCGCCGCGAUUACACCUGUCAAAGACUACGUCAUCCUCGGUGGCGGCCAGGCUGCCAUGGAUGUUACCACAACUAGUGCACGGCAAGGAAAGUUCGAAGCGAGGUUUUACCACAAGGUCUUCAUGGAAGAGAUUGGGCGUGUCAGAGGACAUUUCGGCCCUCUGAAUUACGUCGCUGUCCAUCCGCAAGGUCUUGGAUAUUGCAGUGGUGGUGAGGACGGAUAUGUCCGCGUACAUCACUUUGACAAGCCCUAUUUUGACUUUAUGUAUGAGGUUGAGAGGGAGCAAGCGAACUUGUAAUCGGCAUGGGUUGUUCGCUGCUGCAUGCAUGUACUGGCGUUUUGGUGGUUGGGUGGGUAUGGUUUCACAAAUGAGGCCUGAUAUUUUCCGUGCUUUGUGAGCGGGACAAAGGAGGCGAAAAAAGACCAUGUAUGUGAAUUUGAGGGAGGCAGUCUAAGCCAAGCUUCACGUGCAGCUUCGCACGUGGUGCGAC